AUGGCGGAGACCACAAGCCAUCCUCUUCCACCCACUCCUCCGCCGCCCAUCUACUCCCCUCCUCUGCGAACCGACAGCCCACAGAUGGUAGAACCAACGGAAGAGCGUGGAGCCCGGCAUACAUCCUCGGCCAAACCCAACAAUGGCCCCUCAAUAUCCAUGUCCCCGGUGGAUGGGAGAUCGUUGGAGGAAUCCUACACCGCAGGAGGCGUUCAGAUCCAUCCUCCCGAGACUGCAAUGUCAAGAACAUCCGACCCGGUUGGGCCGAACCGGACUUUGACUCCUCAGCCUUCUCUACAGCAGGAUCCCAAUAGAUUGUCCCCCACUCCCCAGGCGAUGAUGCAACGAAGACCCGGCGAGGGCCCAUCUUCCACCAACGUGGCCGCGGACCAUCGAAGAGUCUCGUCGGAGAACUUCAACCCCAAAGAUGGAGUUGAAUUAAUGCCCGUUCAAAAACGAUCGAUGCGACAUGCUUCCACUUCGGCCGUCGAUUCCAAUGCGUCCUCGGAGAAUUUUGAGCCAUUACGCUACCACCAUCUGUUGUUGGAAGAUACGGAAGUGAGCGCCCUUGACAAGCGAGCCUCAAAGAUGACGAUUGGUACCGAUGGUUCCGGGGCAGGAGACAGUGCGCGCAAUAGUACCUAUGGCCGCAACAUGCCGCGGCCGGCCUCGGGAUUUUCGAGCACUUCUGAUUUCCGAGGUCGUACACUUUCUCCUUCGGUAUCUCCUGGUCGACCCGUUUCCAGAGGUUCUCGAUCGCCAGACACGCGACCGCUAUCAUACGUCGACCUGUUGAAUGUCCCAUACCCACAAGCAGCUCCCAGCGGCGCCGAAUAUCUGGUCAAUUCUGGACUUCGUACUGUUGUUGGCACCAAUGCCUCGUUGUUAUCCACGCGAAAAACCCUGGAAAUGUAUCGGGCCAACGUCAAGAAAACCAACGAUCCCGCCGUUCAAUAUGAAUUCGCAGUGUUCAUGAUCAGCGCCGCGCAAGAGGAAGGAUUGGGGGCAGACACCGUUUCUGAGUCGGCCGUAUCGGAGAAAUCACAUGCAUCAUCCGUGAGGGACGAUCUCCUGAAAGAGGCCAAACAUAUUCUUCAGCGAUUAUCAGAUCGGUCAUAUCCUUUUGCCCAGUAUUAUCUCGCAGACGGUUACGCUUCGGGUUUAUUCAACAAAGGCAGGGAGGAUUGGGAUCGGGCCUUUCCCCUUUUCCUGGCGGCUUCGAAACAUGGCCAUGCGGAGGCGGGGUACCGUACCGCGUUGUGUUACGAGUUUGGCUGGGGUUGCCGGGUGGACGCAGCCAAGGCUGUCCAGUUCUACCAACACGCAGCUAGCAAGAAUCAUCCCGGUGCGAUGCUUCGACUUGGGCGAGCUUGUCUAACUGGCGACAUGGGACUCACAAAACGGUACCGUGAGGGUAUCAGAUGGCUCAAGCGAGCCGCGGAAUCUGCCGAUUCCCAGUACAACCAAGCACCGUUUGAUCUAGGCUGUCUUCAUGAAUCAGGUUUCGGCCCCGAUGUUUUCAAAGACGAAUCCUACGCCGCACAAUUAUACACGAAGGCGGCCGACCUAGGACACGUGGAAGCCAAUUACCGACUUGGUGAGGCAUACGAGUUUGGGCAUUUGAACUGCCCCAAAGAUCCAGCCCUAAGCAUCCAUUUUUACACAGGAGCCGGGGAACGUGGACACGCACUGUCACAAAUGGCCCUUUGUGCAUGGUACAUGGUGGGAGUUCCGAAUGUGUUAGAGAAGGACGAGGGCGAAGCAUAUGAGUGGGCGAAAAGAGCGGCAGAACAAGGAUUGGCGAAAGCUCAAUACACCGUGGGUUAUUUUACCGAAAUGGGGAUUGGAUGUCGCCGUGAUCCGUUAGAAGCAAACGUCUGGUACGUUCGAGCUGCGGAUCAGGGUGAAGAGAGGGCCAAACAUCGCAUUGCCGCUAUAAGAGCAGCGGGGGCUGGUGCUGAUCCAAUUACUGCCGCGGCAGGGAAGAAAGGAACCCUGACGAGCAGCACAAGUUCGGGCAAUAUCGGGCCUCAGGGUGAGCUUUGUUCCUUUAUUAUCUAG